AUGUCUGUAGCCAUGACCCAGACGUGCCCAGGUCUGUACUGUGGCAGGAGGAUCAUCAAUGGAUCACUGGAUGAAGAGUGUGGAGUUUGCCCCAGAGGUGAGCGGACUAACCUGCAAAAGUUCUGUGAGCGCUGCACAGAAUAUCCUGAACUCUACGACUGGCUCUACCUGGGUUUUAUGGCUAUGUUGCCUCUUGUGCUGCACUGGUUUUUCAUAGAGUGGUAUUCUGGAAAGAAAAGUUCUAGUGCUUUGCUGCAGCACAUUACGGCCAUGCUGGAGUGCAGUGUGUCGGCUGUGGUGACGCUCUUGGUCAUGGAGCCUGUGGGGCUGCUCAGUAUCCGCUCGUGCAGGGUCCAGAUGCUGUCGGACUGGUACACCAUGCUCUACAACCCCAGCCCCGACUACAUCAACACUCUACACUGCACUCAAGAGGCAGUUUAUCCCCUAUACACCAUUGUGCUGAUUUACUACGCCUUUUGUUUGGUGAUGAUGAUGUUGCUGCGCCCGCUGCUGGUGAAGAAGAUCGCCUGUGGUUUGGGAAAAUCUGAUCGAUUCAGAAGCAUCUACGCUGCACUUUACUUCUUCCCUAUCCUCACAGUUCUCCAGGCCGUCGGGGCAGGUUUACUCUAUUAUGCUUUUCCAUAUAUCAUUCUUGUCCUCUCGCUGGUGACUCUGGCUGUCUACAUGUCGGCCUCUGAAAUUCAGUCUUUCAAGAGUCUGGGGGCCAAGAAGAAGCGGCUGGUGGUGCUGUUUAGCCACUGGUUGCUCCACGCUUACGGCAUCAUAUCCAUCUCUCGCCUGGACAAGCUGGAGCAGGACCUUCCCCUGCUGGUUCUGGUGCCUGGACCCGCCCUGUUUUACAUCGCCACGGCCAAAUUCACCGAGCCGAGCCGCAUCCUUUCUGAAGGCGGCAGCGGACACUAA